UAAACCCUAAACACACUUCAGUUCCAAGUUCUAAGUUCAUCUGCAACAUGUCAGGCAAGUGCGACAACUGCGACUGUGCGGACAGCACCCAAUGCGUGAAGAAGGGAAAUAGCUACGACUUGGUGAUCGUUGAGACUGAGAACCGCUCCAUGGACACCGUCGUCGUGGAUGCUCCUGCCUCCGAGCACGACGGAAAGUGCAAGUGUGGCACAUGCUGCUCAUGUGUGAGCUGCACCUGUGGUCAUAAAACCCAUACAACCAAAUUAAAGAUGACCUGGACCUGGAGGACAUUUCAACUUCUUCCGUCCGAUACCUCAUCUCUGGCGUCAACGGCGGUGGCGUGUCGAACGAUUUCAUCUCGACUCGGAAGUCUGGGUUCAACUGCGGGUCCUCUGUGA